CUGCAGUCUCAUCAGACGCAUCAAUGCACCAGCCGCCACCAAACUCGGGAAACUUUUCCUCUUCUCCUCCCCGGCCGGAGAUCCGUCCCCUCCUCCCCGCUCCCCAGAGGCCAGUGCACCACCCGAAAAUUCAUCCGUUACCCCAUGCAACCCGCCGCGCCGGCAGCCCUGCCGCUCGGCGUCUUUCCCAAGGACUCCCGCCCGCUCCUCCCCUGCCUCCUCCUCUCCUCCCUCCUGCUCCUCCUCCUGCUGCUCCUCUCCACCUCCUCCCCCGCCGCCUCGCCUCCGCCUCCACCGCAGCCGCCCCACCGCGCGCCGCUCCAGGCUACCACCGCCGUCGCCUCCGCCGGUCCGGCCCCUCCCACCCUCGCGUUCCUCCUCACGGGCUCGGCGGGCGACGCCGACCGCCUCCUCCGGCUGCUCCUCGCCACCUACCACCCACGCAACCUCUACCUCCUCCUCCUCGACCGCGCCGCCUCCGCGGCCGACCGCGCGCGGCUCGCCCGUAAAGCGCGGACCGCCCCCGGCCGCGCCAACGUCCAUGUCGUCGGGGAACCCGGGUUCGCCAAUCCACGCGGCGCGUCCGCGCUCGCCGCCACGUUGCACGGUGCGGCGCUGCUGCUGCGGGUCGGCCAGGGCUGGGACUGGUUUGUGCACCUCGACGCCGACGACUACCCGCUUGUCACCCCCGAUGACCUCCUGCAUGUUUUGUCAUAUCUACCAAAGGAUCUCAACUUCAUUCAGCAUACCAGCUAUAUUGGUUGGAAGGAGGCUAGACAAAUAAGGCCAAUUAUUGUUGAUCCUGGUCUAUAUCUCUCAUCCAGGAAUGACAUUUUUUAUGCCACACAAAAGCGCGACCUGCCAAAUGCUUAUAAACUAUUUACAGGCUCUUCGUCUGUUAUCCUUUCUCGGAAAUUUAUUGAAUAUUGUAUCAUCGGUUCGGAAAAUCUGCCAAGAACUCUGCUGAUGUACUACACUAACAUCCCCUUGCCACACAGGAAGUAUUUCCAGACAGUUCUUUGCAACUCUCCUGAAUUCAACAGGACUGUUGUUAACCAUGACCUGCACUAUUCAACUUGGGAUGCUCCUUCCAAAAACGAGCCACGCCUACUGAGUAUGGCUGAUCUAGAAAAUAUGACUGAAAGUGGUGCAGCCUUUGGGACCAGAUUUCCCAAGGAUGAUCCUGUCGUCGACCACAUUGAUGAGGAAAUUUUACACCGCCUGUCUGGAGAGCCAGUUACAGGAGGAUGGUGCAUAGGUGUUGGGGAUGACAGUCCAUGCGCUGUUUCAGGUAACCCGGAUGUUCUUAGACCUGGGCCUGCAGCGACCAAACUUGCUAAGUUCCUUGCUGAAAAGCUGUCAUAUCGGAGCUUUUAUUCCCAGCAAUGUAUAUGGGAUUGAUGAUUGUAAUUGCAUUACCAGGAAACCACGAUUUCAGGUAUGCGUUUGCCUCUACA